UCAUAUGUUUUCUUUUUUUUUUUUUUUGCCUCGUUGGAGCUUUUCACUUUAGCGCUGCACCUCUCUUUCUCUCUCCUCCAUUGAAGCGUAUUCUGAGUUCUCCAUUGAAGCGUACUUUGAGCUCUCUCUCCUCCAUUGAAGCAGUAUCUGAGGUGGGUAUCUAGAAGAUCGUGUGAGUGCCGUGGUCAUUGUUUGGCUAUUUAAGAGUGACUAGUAGAUAAUUGGGAGUGUUACACUCUCCUCCACUCCCCUCUCUAUUCAAAGUUUCUGAAAAUGAAGUUGACUGUCAAGACUCUGAAAGGAAGCCAUUUUGAGAUUCGAGUUCUGCCCAAUGACACUAUUAUGGCGGUGAAGAAAAAUAUUGAAGAUGUGCAAGGGAAAGAUAAUUAUCCCUGUGGGCAGCAGUUACUAAUUCAUAAUGGGAAAGUCUUGAAAAAUGAAACAACCUUGGCAGAGAAUAAGGUUUCUGAAGAUGGCUUCCUUGUGGUCAUGCUCAGCAAGAGCAAAACAUUAAGUGCGGGAGGAACUUCAAGUGCCCAGUCCGUACAGCCUACACCUAAUCCUAAUCCUGCUCCUAGUCCUAGUCCUAGUCCUGCACCUAGCACUACGGCUGCUGCUGCCCCACCCGAAGUACAGAUGGACUCAAAGGGUGCAACUGAUUCAAAUGCUCAAAAUUCCAAUGCACCCACUGAUACCUAUGAUCAGGCGGCUUCUAAUUUAAGUGCCGGCAAUAAUCUGGAGCAGACCAUACAGCAAAUUAUGGAUAUUGGCGGCGGCGGUUGGGAUAGAGAUACAGUUAUCCGUGCUCUUAGGGCCGCUUACAACAAUCCUGAACGGGCUAUAGAUUAUUUGUAUUCUGAAAUUCCACACACCGCAGAAAUUGUUGAGCCAGUGCCACAGCUUCCAGCAGAUCUGGGGAACACUGCAACAGAAAGCGGGACGGAUCCUGUUUCUGGGGCACCAAAUGCUUCUCCUCUAAAUAUGUUUCCACAGGAGUCACUCUCUGAUGCGGCUGCUGGUGGCUUAGGAUCACUUGAUUUCCUCAGAAACAAUCAGCAGUUCCAGGCAUUGCGCAACAUGGUGCAAACGAAUCCUCAGAUUUUACAGCCAAUGCUUCAGGAGCUUGGAAAGCAAAACCCAGAGCUUUUAAGAUUGAUUCAGGAUCACCAUGCUGAGUUUCUUCAACUCUUAAAUGAACCUCUUGAUGGCUCUGAAGGGGAUAUAUUUGACCAGCCUGAGCAGGAUCUACCCCAUGCGAUUAGUGUCACGCAAGAGGAGCAGGAGGCUAUUGAACGGCUGGAGACAAUGGGUUUUGAUAGAGCACUAGUCAUUGAAGCAUUUUUAGCUUGUGACCGAAGUGAAGAACUAGCAAUUAACUACUUGUUGGAACAUGCUGAUGACAAUGAAGAUUAGACAGGAGGUAUAUUUGGUUACUGAUCUUUGAAUUGCUGAUUGUAGGGAAGUAUACUUCGGUUAGUUGUCACCAUCUGAUAUAGUAAAGCUUUGAGAACAAAAAUGGUUUGAGUAUCAUUGGUGGAUAAUCCACUCUGUUUUGGCAAUUUUUUUUCCUUCCCCAUUUUUUUACCUAGUCUUUUUUCCUUCCGGUUCUUUUAUCUCCAUUUAUAAUGUUUUCCCUGGCUUACAAAUUAAAGGUUAUUGUUUGCAUUUGGGAUUACAUGUAAAAUUUUAACAUAUUGUUGAAAUGCGUUGGUUGCUUAUAGUAGUGCAGCCUACUAAAUUAUUUGGGAAUCCCUGUUCAGCCUCU